AUGUCGGAAGGCCAUAACCUUUUGGACGAUCCUGUGCACGGAAUUUACAUUCCUGUUGGCUUACUGUUGACGGGUUUGGCCAUCACUUGUUUUACAGUUCAAGAUUAUAAGUUUCUCUGGAUCUUACCUUUUGCCGCAUUGUUACUCGCAGUUCGGUUUACUGCAGCCUACAGACGCCGGAAGUCGGUGUUCUCUGAUCGCUGGACAAAUCUAGAAUUGGAGGACCAGACAUUGAUUUCCAAAAACACGGCUAUCUAUCGUUUCAACAUGAAAACCACUUUUGAAUCUUUGAACUUUCCUGUCGGUCAUCAUCUUGCCGUCAAGGUACCCGUUGAUGGCAAAGACUACAUUAGAUACUAUACACCAGUGUCUCCAAAGCUCGAACCUGGCCAUUUCGACAUUAUUGUGAAAUCGUAUCCUGACGGCAACGUUUCCAAGUAUUUUGCUGGCCUCAAACCUGGUAGUACGGUUGCGUUCAAAGGACCUGUGGGCAGGUUCAAUUAUGUCACAAAUUCUUACAAACAUCUGGCUAUGAUUGCUGGUGGCUCUGGUAUCACCCCAAUGCUACAGGUCCUAAAUGAGGUUAUCACCAAUCCAGAGGAUUUUACGAAAGUCUCUUUAAUUUACGCGAAUGAAUCAGAAAACGACAUACUGCUCAGAGAUGAGCUUGACGAAAUUGCUGAGAAAUACCCAAAUUUCGAUGUUACCUACGUAUUGCGUACCCCGCCGGCCAAUUGGACUGGGGAAACGGGAUACGUCACCAAAGAGCAAAUACUCAAGUACUUGCCUCACUUUUCUAGCGAGAACAGAUUGCUCAUUAGUGGUAAGCCAGAAAUGGUUCGGAUGCUGCUAGGCUACGCCGAAGAUCUUGGCUGGCCUAAGACAACUGAAAAGUCUAAGGGGGACGACCAGGUUUUCGCCUUUUAA